AUGCUGUCUGCUAUCUUCUGUGGUUGUUUCUCCGGACCAAAUGAGGUGACUACAAAUGAAGUCAAGCCGAAGGACCAUGAUGACAUUCCAGUUACCUACGCAUUGGUCCGUUCAUGGGGUGUCUCCUUCGAGAAUUUGAUGAAGUACCGUAUCGGACAAAAGCAUUUCGCCGACUUCCUUAAAGGAGAGUUUUCGGACGAGAACAUCCUUUUCUGGCAGGCCUGUGAGGAACUCAAAAGGGAGAAAAACGUGGAAAAGAUCGAGGAGAAGGCAAGAAUCAUCUACGAGGACUUCAUCUCCAUCUUGUCUCCGAAGGAGGUUUCAUUGGAUUCACGUGUUCGCGAGAUUGUCAACACCAACAUGGGACAACCGUCUUCAGCAACAUUCGAUGGUGCGCAGAGCCAGAUCUACACUCUCAUGCAGAGAGACAGCUACCCGAGAUACAUUGCGUCGGAGAUGUAUCGCAGCGCACUUCAGUCAUUUGGGAUCACGGAGGAAGUGGUAAACAUGUAA